AUGGGCCUCCAGGUAGAUCACUACGAGUCAGAUACUUUCUCAAGGGUCCCCCCGCAUUGCAAGAAUGAGUUUAUCACCCUUGGAUCGGCCGAUAUUGAGCGGCUAUCUGGCACUCUUCAGAGCGGGGUCCCAGCAGGACUGCUGACGGGGAUCUCCGGGGAGUCCGCCUCCAAGAAGACCUGCUUAUCACUUCAGCUUUGA